AGCGUUCAUAAUGUUCAUAACUUUACACACAUACAAGGUGUCAGCUGUGCAAAUUGCAUAAACUAUUAUUAUUAAUAAUGUGAAAUUGUGUGCAAUAAUUAAAUAAUUUUGUGCUAUGGAAGAAGAAAUUGAUAUCUACGCGUUUACAGAUGUAACAUGUAAUGAAAAGGAUUUGGAAAAAUGUAAACAAUGCGUGAUAUUUGAGAACGAAUUGAAUGAUUUGAGGAAUCAAUUAAAGGACGUUGAGAAAUGCAAUAAAAUAUUGGAGGACAAUUACUCGUCUCUGUUGUUGACAGCUAAGGGCGAAGUAGCUAGAAAGGAACGAAUGAUAGACGAUCUUCGACGACAAUUGAACGAUAGAGUAUUUCGACGAGGAAGAUACAAGCAAGAUGCACCUGUUUCUAGGCAGAGAAAUAUCAGUGAAUCAGAAUCAAAUAUUCCGAAACCUCCACCGGACGAGAGUGAAACUGUAAAAAAUACUGCUCCGAAAACAGAACUUGCCGACGUGACCGAAUACGUUUGUAAUUCCGAACCGUACAUUGACGAAGAAGAUGAGGACGAUGUUUUGCAAAAAUAUGAGCCACACAAGAUUUUCGAAACCAUAUAUUCUCAGAGACUUAGGAAAAAAUUGCUGGAUGAAGAUAAAAAGAAACUGCAGGACAAGGAAAUUGAGAAGGAGAAUAAAAUCGAAGAAACAACACAAUCAACUUUGGAAGAGUCGGAAAAAAUUGUAAAACCACCAGUGCCUGAUAAUAAUUGUAAUGUAGAUAAUAAGGAAAAUGUGUCCUCUUCAAAUCAGUUGCAAAAUCAAACGACAACUUUAAUUUCUCAAAAUGUAACGAAUUCUUCAAACGAAGACGUGAAGAGUAAAUCAAUUUUGUUUAAUAGACUGACAAUGAAAAGAACACUUGAAGAUAAGGAUGAGACUAUUCCUGUUAAACGUACAAAAACUGAAACCAUCUACGAGUACGAGAGAGAAAACUGGGGUCCUGAGAAUGAAAAAGAAUCGCUAAUGAAACAAAAUCAAAAGUCUGAAAAUUUUAAUUAUGAUAGUAAUAUAAAUACGAAUUUUUCGAAAGUUAAUGAUGACAAAGGUAAAAAAAUGGAAGAUUCUAGUCAUAGUUCAUUGGCCUCACGACUGCAGACAAUGUCAGAAGUCUCUACAUUUCUACAAGAGAGACGCAGAGACGUGGAAAAAAGGGACAGAGACGACAGGGAGAGAGGAAGGCACGAAUAUGACAAAUCUAGAAAUAAAUACGAUUCAGAAAGAUAUUACGAAAGAGACAGAGAUCUCAGAGGAAGACUCGAGCACAAAAGGUACGACAGAGAUUACCACAGACACGAUAAAUUCGAAAAGAGGCGAUACGACACAAAUCGACACGGAAGAUUUGAUGAUACAAGAUACGAACGAGAUCGUCACGAUAAAUACAGCAAUCGUUCCAGAAGAUCCGAAAGUCCAAGUCCAGAGAGAAGUUACCCUAAACAAAAAAGUGAUAACUUCGAUCAACGAAAUCGAAGGGGGAAUAGAAUCGAAGAUUGGCGGGAUAAACUCGAUCGUCCUAAUGAUUCGGAUGCUAAAUUAAUUGCACAGGAAUUCAACGACAGAAGAGAGCGGAGAUUCAGUAGGAAUAAUUGUUCCUUAAGGAGCAAAAGUUGCGGCAGUGGUAGAGAGAGAAAAGAAAUGGAAAUACACUAUUCCGAGAGAAGUAGAAGUAGAGGUGGAGAAUUGAAAAUUACCGAUCCAAAUAAAAAGAUUACAUUGGAAAGUUACCGAGCCCGGAGAGAUCAAGAUUCACGAAGUGAAGAGAGAAAAGAGAAGAGAAAAAGUCACGAUAAGGAGGAGAAAAUCAAAGAGACCUCCAAAAAGGAGACGGAAAAUAUCAAUUCUAGCAAAAAUGUAAAUAUCCCAAUUAUUCCGACAACCGACUCAGGAAAGAAGAACCAAAAAAUUCCCGAAGAAUCGAUUAUUCAUGAGAAAUUAGAGGACGGCGAAAUUUCAUCUCCGGCAAAGACACAUUUUGUUGAUAAAAUUACUCCGAAAAUUGCAACUGAAGUUACAAAUAAUAAAAUUAUUAAAACAGAUGAUUUAUCCGCGGAAAAUAAAAUCAACUUCCAAGGGAAUAAAAUCGAAAAGGAAAUCUCUAAAAUCGAAAGUAAUAAAACUAAAAAGAAGGCAGAAUUUAGUGGAAGUAAAGAGACACAAUUAUCAAUUGACAAAAAAAUUAUCGACAUUGGGAAGAGUACAAUCACCCACACUAUUCGUAGCGAAAACAAGUCGGAAACAAAUCCUAAAGACAAAAAUGAUAUAAAAUCUACUGAUAUGCCAACAAUUAACGACAAGAAUAAAUCUUCCAAGGAAAUUACGAAUUCAAAUCCCAAAAUGGUCCAAGAUAUAAUCGGCGAAAUUUUAAACAGUACUUUCGAAAGAUUUGGAAAUCUCAAUUCCAUUAUUGAAUCGGCAGAGAAAGUUUUGGAGGAAAAUAAAGAAGGCAAGAGUGCAAAAGAAAUAUUGAAAGAAGUUGAAAACGAAUCGAUAGAAGAAAUGAAACUUACAUUCAAGGGCGAUACGCAAAAUGUUCAAGAAUUGACUAAACAAAAAAUGUCAAGUCCAACGAAAAAGAAGAAAAAGGUCAAGAAUUCGGAUUUAAUAAAAAAAUCGGAGGACAAAAUGAAAAUUUCGAAUGCGGCGAAAGAGGAAAAAAAUUGUCAACAAUUCGAAGAAAGCGAGCAGGGGAAAAAGAAUUCGACGAUUGGGGAAAAUCAACUGAAAGUGGCUGAAAAUGCAAAAUCAUUUUCGAAGGAGUGUAAAAUUAGUGGAGAAAAAAGUAAAAUUGUGGAAAAGGGAAAUAAAAUUACAAAAGGGGAUAAAAUUGCGGAGAAAGGGAGUAAAAUUACAAAAGAGGACAAAAUUAUGGAAAAAGGUAAUAAAAUUACAAAAGAUGAUAAAGUUGCGGAAAAGGGAAAUAAAAUUACAAAAGAAGAGAAAAUUACGGAGAAAGUAAAUAAAAUUACGAAGAAGGGAAAUAAAAUUACAAAAGAUGAUAAUGUUGCCGAAAAAGGAAGUAAAAUUACAAAAGAAGAUCAAAAAAUAGCAGAAGAAGACGAAGAAGUUAAAACAUCAGGAAAGGGAAGCAAAUUUACAAAAGAAGAAAAUAAAAGUGCAGAGAAAGGAAAUAAAAUAUCGAGAGAAGAAAACGAAGAUGGAAAUAAAAUCAUGAAAGAAGAUAAAAAAGUAACAAAAGAAGAAGUUAAAAUUACAAACAAGGAAAAUAAAAUUACAAAAGAGGAUAAAAAAAUUGUGAAAGGAGAAGAAGUUACAAUUACAAACAAGGAAUGUAAAAUUACAAAAGAGGAUAAAAAAAUUGCGAAAGGAGAAGAAGUUAAAAUUACAGACAAAGAAAAUAAAAUUACAAAAGAUAAAAUUACAAAAGAAGAAGUUAAAAUUACAGUCAAAGGAAAUAAAAUUAAAAAAGAAGAUAAAAUAACGAAAGAAGAAGUUAAAAUUACAAAGGAAGACAAAAAAAUUGUAGAAAAGGGAAACAAAUUAACAACCGAGGAAAUUAAAGUUGCAGGAAGUGAAAAUAAAGUUAUAAAGGAAGAUAAAAAAUCAGCGAAGGAAAAAGGAGUUAAAAUUACAGAAAAACAGAGCAAAAUUACAAAAGAAGAAAAUAAAAUUGCAGAAAAGGGGAACAAUGUUUCAAAGGAAGAAAUUAAAUUUGCAGAAAAGGAAAACAAAGUCGCGAGAGAAGAACCUAUAGUCGCAGAAAAUGAAAAUAAAAUUACAGAAGAAGUUAAAACUACUGAAAAACCAAGCAAAAUUACAGAAGAGAAUAAAAUUGGAGAAAAGGAGAGCAAUACUACAAACGAAGAGAAUACAAGUUCAAAAGAGGAAAAUAACAUUACAAAAGAAGAUAAAAUUACAAAAGAGGACAAAAUUACAAAAGAGAAUAAAAUUACAAACGAAAAUAAAAUUACAAACGAAAAUAAAAUUACUAAAGAAAAUAAAAAUACAAACGAAAAGAAAAUUACAAAAGAAAAUAAAAUUGCAAACGAAAAUAAAAUUACCGAAAUUGAAACCACGUACCCGAAAAAUGUCCAAAAACCAGCCGAAGAAUCGUGUACGACAGAAGCGAAAAAGGUCUCCUUCUUCCCGCCAAAUUCCAUAAAGAUGAAUGAAGUGGAGCCAAAAGCAAUUGCUCCAGCAAAUAUUUCAAGUGUCGUGAAAGAUAGAAGAAGAAAUAUAAAAGAAUCACAAAAAUCAAUAGAAGUCCUACAGAAUAAAAACAAGGAGCCAAAAUUAAAAGAAGUGAAAAAACAAAUCCAAAAAGUCAAACCAGAACCAACGGAUGCAAAAGGAAAAACUAAGAAAGCAGACGAUAAACUACGAAAGAAAAAAAUAGUGAUCAUCAAACGAAAGAGACCUGUGAUUUUAACAGACACAAAUGCCUCGACGACAAUUGUCUCAAAAGAAAAUUUAAUCAUCAACCUUAAACUAAAUACCAGCGGCGAGAAAAAUAAUUUAUUAUCUUAAAAAUUAUUUAUGUUAAUUUCUAAUUAUCAAAUCUAGAAGAAUGAUAUUCUAAACUGUAAAAAAUUUUUCAAACUUCCAUUCAACCUUAGGUAAUGUGUAAAAAAAAAUAAAAAUAAUAUAAAUACAAUUAUUAUGUGAGUAGAUUUAAGGAAGAAUCGGAUGGACAGAAAAAAAUGUUCGUUUUUUUAUUAUUGACAUUCUCGUUUUGUUAUCCACGUUUGUCCGUUUCAUUCUUAUAAAUAUAUAUAUAUAAUUUUGUAUAGUGUUCAAAACAUUGGUGUUAAUAAAAAAAAAUUGUGAAAAUUUCAAUUUUUUUAAUCUACGA